GGGGAAUGAACCCCUGACCAUCCUCCCUCUGACCUCAGAAAUGGAGGAAGCUGCAGUGAAAGCCCACUACAAAGUCUGUGACCGCCUGAAGCUGGAGAAGAAGCAGCGCAGGAUGUGCCGCCGGGACCCUGGUGUGGCCGAGACCCUGAUGGAGGCUAUCAGCAUGAGUGCCCUGGAGUGCCAGUACCAGUUUCGCUUUGAGCGCUGGAACUGCACCCUCGAGGGUCGAUACAGGGCGAGCUUGCUAAAGAGAGGUUUUAAGGAGACAGCCUUCUUGUACGCCAUCUCCUCCGCAGGGCUGACACACGCCAUGGCCAAGGCCUGCAGCGCGGGGCGGAUGGAGCGAUGCACCUGCGACGAGGCCCCUGACCUGGAGAACAGGGAGGCUUGGCAGUGGGGAGGCUGUGGUGACAACCUGAAAUAUAGCAACAAGUUCGUCAAGGAGUUCCUAGGGAGGAAGCCCAACAAGGACUUGCGAGCCAGGGUGGACUUCCACAAUAACCUUGUGGGCAUGAAGGUCAUCAAGGCUGGAGUGGAGACAACCUGUAAAUGCCAUGGGGUAUCUGGAUCCUGUACUGUCCGAACGUGCUGGAGGCAGCUCUCUCCAUUUCAUGAAAUAGGGAAGCAGCUGAAGCAGAAGUAUGAGACAUCGCUCAAAGUGGGCAGCACUACCAACGAGGCCACAGGGGAAGGAGACAUCUCCCCACCCAAGAAAUCCAUCCCUGGUCACAGUGAUCAAAUCCCAAGGACUACGGAUCUUGUCUACAUUGACGAUUCCCCAAGCUUCUGUAUGAUGAGUCGCUACUCCCCUGGGACCUCGGGAAGGAAAUGUUACAAAGACAAGAACUGUGACAGCAUCUGCUGUGGGCGAGGGCACAACACGCAGAGCCGUGUGGUCACACGGCCAUGCCAGUGCCAGGUCAGGUGGUGCUGCUAUGUGGAAUGCAAGCAAUGCACCCAGAGAGAAGAGGUUUACACCUGCAAAGACUGAUGUCUUCUGCUUGAUGGCAACCCUUGGUGAUGGGCGAUGGUGAUCUAUGAGAACUACAUAUGGAGACAAACAGGGUUUGAUUGACCUUUUGGGAUCUGAAAGCUAUGUCGAGACAUAAGCACUUUGUAGGGUACAGGUGACCCAGCUGUGUUGCUGUUUUGUUGUUGUUUUUUUUGUUUUCCCGUAGACUGAACUUUAAUGAGGUCCAACCAUGUGGAAAUAAGUGCCUGUCACACUGGGGUUAGACACCAGUUGACCUUCACCUUAGUCAUCUACACAGUUUGAUGGAUCAUUUAUCCUUGGAACAUCUUGCUCAUUGCACCAAUCCUCCAUGAACUCCUGGGCUGAUAUAUUCUCUUUGGCAUAAAUAAUCCAUACUACUUUAUUCCUGAAGCUUACCCAACUGCUUAG